UUAUUUUGAAUGUAAUGCUGGAAUAUUUUAAUAUAAAUUGUCAGAAUAUUUACAUUUUUUAUGGACUAUUCUGUUCUGGUCUAUUGUGAGAGUGCCACCCAGAGGUACAACACAAAAAAGAAAAUAAAAUAAAGACAAAUUCUCCUAGGAACCUAUUAGGGGUUCUUGUUUCUUUCAUGUUUCAGAAACCCCCAGAAGGAGUCUUACAACAUGACGAAGGCCUAAAAGAUAUUUCAGGAGCACUUUUGUUUUGGGAAGGAAAAUAAUCCAGAACCAAAAACAAAUGUCUCCAGAACAUUCUGAGAACCAGUAAUUGUUAGCUGGGUGUAGUGUACAACUAAAGAAGCAAACUCGAACUACAAAGGUCUUCAUUGUUAAACUGUAUUUGUGGUCUAAGGACGCGUCUCAGUCAGCUCCCUAGGUCAUGAACCAGUUUAUCGUGUACACUAGUUCAGGCCCUGGCUCACUAAACAUUGGGACACUGAUGACUCAAUAUCUGGUGACAUGACUACGUAAUCGUGUUGUAAAAUCUCACCACUGGCAUUUAUCAACAGGCAGGACCAAUAUCUUUCUGACAUUACAUGUUAUAGAAAUUUGUUAGAUCAAUAAAAUGCGUUUCUGUCAUGGAACUUCAAGCAGGAUCGUAUGCUAGCUAGAGGAUUAAAAAAAAAAUCAUUAAACACUUAAAACUUGUUAGACUCAAACAAACCGUAUAUAGAAUGCCAAAUAAAACACUAAUGUAAGUAUUCAUUUGAGAGCUACAACGAUAUGAAGAUACUUACAUUUGUAGAUGAAGUUGGUUAAGAGUUCGUCCCCCUUCUUUUAAGGCUUCAGAAAAUAUUACGUCAUUUCCAGUAAGGGAACAUAGUGGGUGGUUCUGAUUUCUUAUGUGUGCAUCCUCAUUUCCUCGCUUCCUUUCCUUGCAUCUUAGCUCCACCCCCUUAGGAUGUGAGGAAAGGAUGCAAGGAUGAGAUGUAAGGAGAGAGGAAUCGAAGCAAGUCGAAUGGAAUAUCCUCGCUCUCUCAAGCGUCACUCCAAAGCGACGUAAGUGAAUGAUGACUGUGCUUGGCUGGGUGACCUCACUGCGCUUCAGGGAUCUGCCGUUAAGCUUAUUUAUUUAUUGAUUGAUUGAUUAAUUGAUUGAUCUGCCGUUAUAUUGUUGGAGCUUGGUUAAUAAAUUAAAUUAAAUUCUUAAUAAAGCUAAAUGCACUGAUAGUAUGUGAAAUGUCUGGGUUAUUCUACAACGAAUGAAUGAAUAAUACAUCAUUAUACACAAUAUACACAUUUUUGUGCGGCUUUGCGUAUCCAAACAUGCAAGUAUCAAUUAAUUACAAUACUCAUUGUAAGCAUAUUAUUAUUUAAUUAUAUUUCACACAAAAUCCCAUAUCAUCAAAUGACUUUUUGCUUGAGAUUGUGGCAGAUGUAAAGGAGGAGGGGAAUUUAUACGUGCGUCACUUCCGCAUAGAAUACACCUGUGUGUCCUCGCUACUACUAUAGCUCCUCGUUCCUCCUUCAAGAUGGUUGACUUCCACUUCGAUCGAUUUCCGGGUCACGGGCUGGAGGACGGAGGAGCGAGGAAACGAGGAAGCAUCAUUUUGAGUAUUGAGAAGCAUCCCCCUGAACUAAGGAGCUGAUUGAGACGCAUCCUAAAUGUCGUACUGUUGGUUUAACUGCCAUAUCCACUCAGUACGCUAGGGGGCAGUGUGUGCUCUCAGUCUGUAUGUGACAGUCGGAGAAAUAGCGAAGAAUAAGGACAUCUUGUCCGGUUUCCUGUUACUCACGCUUUAGCUGUAGCUACAGAUUCAUGUAUGAUGGACGGUGAUCAGGGCUGUGCUGAAGAUGAACCGCCUUCACUGCUGUGGGGACUGGACCCUGUGUUCUCUGCCUACGCCAGGCUUUAUGUUAAAGACAUCCUACAGAUCAGAGAGUCUCGACAAGUUCCAGGAAUCUUCUUCUAUAAAAGUCACCCGCUGUUCCAGGUGGAUGUACUAGGCACUGUGGUGUACAGACGGGAGAGAGAAGACUUUUACUGCUACGGAGUGGAUGACAGUACCGGAGUCAUCAACUGCCUGUGCUGGAAAGAUGAGAAAUGGCGAGAUCAUGGAGACUCGGUAAAGGCUGCAGUUAGAGGUCCUGCUGGAGGUGGCUUUAACAUAGAGGAGCAGUUGAGGAAGCUCCAGGAGGCAGAGAGGAGCAGCUCAGUGUUGGAGAUUGGAGAUCUGCUCCGAGUACGCGGUUCCCUUAAAACUUCGCGUGAGCAGAGAGAGAUCAUGGCCUCCUCGUUUUAUAAAGUGAACGAUCCUGUGAUGAGUGUGCAGAUCUCCCGGAUGUUGGAGAUGCCUCAGCUCUACAGAGACUGCUAUGACAAACCAUUCGAUGUCCAAUCCAGUGAGCUUAGUGCAAGCUCCACUGACGGACCCUCGAGUUUCCAGUCUGUUCUUGGUCAGUCGGUUCACAUCUUGAAGGAGUUCCUAAAAGAGAAGGAGGUGACCAGGUUUCGACCUUAUGAUGUCGAGUAUCUUUUAUACCCGCUCAUCCAACAGCCUGGUCCAAACACAUCAGCGGAACAGGAGCCUGGUUCUGUUCGGUCGAUAAUCCCUGCACAGAGCCGGAACCUCCUCAAAGAGACCCUGAAGAUUCUGCAGGUGGAGGGAGAGAUAUUCCGCAAAGUCCUGUCUCAGGAUGAGGUGUACAAUGUAACUGAACAUGACAAAGAUUUACUUGCGGCGAUUUGUGAAAUCUUGAGAGAGGAUUGCAAAAGAGAGAAAUAUGCUGAGAAGGGUUGCCAUGUGCUGCACAUCUUGUCCAGCGUGAGGCAGAAUUACAGCGGUAACCUGAGCAGAGAAGCCCUGGAUGUGGCGCUGAGGUUCUUAGAGUGUAACAGUGACAUCAUCAGUACAACAGAUGCCUAUUAUACUGUUUUAUAAUAACAGGGUUUGAAACGAUCUGGGAAACUUACACGCCCCAAAUCUUUAUCCUGUCUAAGCAAAGAACAUUCAAGUCUCGAUUUUCUUAAAGCGCCUGGCUGAGUGCUCAUGGGGCUCUGCAGGAGUUUGCUGUCCAUAUGCCUUUUCCAAAUUUCUCACAACUAUUUUUGAUACACUGUUGACAGAUUUCAUAAUUAUCAUUUGCUUGCAAAUUGACUUUGAUAUUAAUCUGUCCAACAUAUGCCUGUUUUACAGAUAGCUUUUACAGAUAGCAAUCGAUUUACAUGUUGUUUGAGCUCAGUGAUUUUCUAAACUGGGGUAUGAAAGAUAUCAUUCGAUCAUGUUCGAUUUCUGCUUUUUAAUACAGCAUUUAAUUCAGUGAUCAUGUAAGCGCCAGACCUAUAGAGCAAAACUUGCUUAUGGUUCCACUUAAUUCAUUAUUUUUUAAAUAACUAAAAUAAUAAGCUUGAGAUUUUCAACAUUUUUAAUAAAUUAACAGACCUUUGAUUGACAACUGAUAAUUGACACUGAGUGAAGCAGCGUUAUCUGGGUAAAGAGUAUCGGGGUUCUCUAUAUAAUUUUGCAGUCUAGGUCUGACUAGAGCUUUUUAAAAAGGUAACACAGAGGUGAAAUUCGUCAUGAGAUCACAGUUCAAUGCAUUUUACACUUUAAAGAAUUGCCCUAAAAUUAUAGAAGGAAAUUUAAGUUGGAACAUUUUACAGUCAUUUUGAUGACUCAAUACACUGAAUGAACGUAUACACUAUGUAAAUGGAGAGUGUUUGGGCGAAACAUGGCCACAGGGGGACGCCGUGAUCAAAUCAAUAGCCAGCUGUUCAUGAGCACAUCUGUAUCCAUGCAGUUUUCUUGGGCUGCCGUUCUAUUGGCAGCGGAUCAUCUGUCUAAUCUAAUAAAUAGUGUUGAAUUUAUUCAACUCGGGUACAGCAACUUUUCUGGUAUGAGAACUGAUAAGGAGAUUAUGUGCUAGAAAUGUGUCGGCGAUGUGUAUCCUACUUAAAACUAACUGAGCCGGAAGAAGCUCAUUAAAAAAGCGCUAGCUGGAUGGAAUCCGCUUGGUGCCACAAUGACC